UCUCGAUUUUUUUUUUUAGCGUUGUAGAAUGAAUGAAGACACUGGCACUGAUUAUAUAACACCUUGGCAGCUAUCUCAAGUGGUUGAUGGUGGAGGUAUUGGAAUUAUAGAAGAAAGCAAACACACAAAUUUGACUAAAGGCGAUUUUGUGACUUCUUUCUAUUGGCCCUGGCAGAGCAAGGUUAUUCUGGAUGGAAAUAGCCUUGAAAAGGUAGACCCACAACUUGUGGAUGGACACCUUUCAUAUUUUCUUGGAGCUAUAGGUAUGCCUGGUUUGACCUCCUUGAUUGGAAUACAGGAGAAAGGUCAUAUUACUGCUGGAUCUAAUCAGACAAUGGUUGUCAGUGGGGCUGCAGGUGCCUGUGGAUCCUUGGCUGGGCAGAUUGGCCGUUUAUUAGGUUGUUCCAGAGUGGUGGGAAUUUGUGGAACACGUGAGAAAUGCAUCCUUUUGACCUCAGAACUGGGCUUUGAUGCUGCAAUUAAUUAUAAAAAAGAGAAUGUGGCAGAACAGCUCCGUGAAUCAUGCCCAGCUGGAGUGGAUGUUUAUUUUGACAAUGUCGGCGGUGACAUCAGUGAUACAGUGAUAAGUCAGAUGAAUAAGAACAGCCACGUCAUCCUGUGUGGUCAGAUUUCUCAGUACAACAAAGAUGUGCCUUAUCCUCCCCCGCUAUCCACUGCUAUAGAGGCAAUCCAGAAAGAAAGAAACAUCACAAGGGAAAGAUUUCUGUUGUUAAAUUAUAAAGACAAAUUUGAGCCUGGCAUUCUACAGCUGAGUCAGUGGUUUAAAGAAGGAAAGCUAAAGAUUAAAGAGACGGUAAUAAAUGGAUUGGAAAACAUGGGCGCUGCAUUCCAGUCCAUGAUGACAGGAGGUAACAUUGGAAAGCAGAUAGUUUGCAUUUCAGAGGAAAUCUCUUUGUAAUCACUGUAAAUGUCAUCAAGGCAAUCACAGAUUUCUUUUCCAUUUUGCGUAUUUUCAAAGAUACCUUAAAAAAUCCUUAGGACAUACAUAGCCCUUGAUUUAAAUGUAAUCAUAGGUGUUAUUUUUAGUGGCCACAGGGGAUUUGAUAUACUCAUUAAUGAAUCAUACAUGUUUUUAAAAAUUAAUAACUUUUUAAAAAAUAGAAUGCUUGAGAGGUACUUAGUAAAGGUUUGUUAAACUAGAAACGUUUUACAUGAUCUGAUACAACCAUUAAUGACUCUUACACAAUGUUUUUUAAAAUUCAUGUUUAGUAAUAACUUUUAUUAAAAUAGAUUGCUUUAAAAAAUAGAAUGAGAAUGCUUGAGAAGCACUUAGUAAAGAUUUGUUGAACUAGAAAUGUUUUACAUGAUUCUUAAAUUGAAACUUGGUGUAAGAAUAGAAUUGAGAUGGCCUUUUCUUCACAUUGUAGACAGAAAAGGCUUAAUAGUAUGACGUGUACAUAGGGACUGGGAGCAGGAUUGGGGGUUUCAGAGCUUGUGGAAGUUUUUGGGAUAGGAGACCAGCAGCUUGGGGCUGAGAGUAGUAUGGGAAGAUAAAUAACUGAGGUUGGUUAAGUUAAUAGAUUUACUCCAGAGGAUGAUCUCUUUGUAUUUUGCCAAAUAAUUUAUAGCCUAAAAACUCAAUAUAUAUUGAGAAAAGUAUAUGUUUAUGUUAGCAGACACAUACUGUCAAAUAGUUGUAAAGAUUGAGAGCACAAAUAGAUGUAAAUAUCACUUGGAGUUUUAGGUGAUUAAAAAGAUUGAUGGCAGGGUGCAAUGGCUCAUGCUUCAAAUCCUAGCACUUUGGGAGGCAGACGCAGGUGGAUCACUUUAGAUCAGGAGUUCGAGACCAGCCUGGCCAACAUGGUGAAACCCUGUCUCUAAAAAUACAAAAAUUAGCUGGGCGUGGUGGUGGGCGCCUGUAAUCCCAGCUACUCAGGAGGCUAGGGCUGGAGAAUCGUUUGAACCUGGGAGGCGGAGGUUGCAGUGAGAUGAGAUUGGGCCAUUGCACUCCAGACUGGACAACAAGAGUGAAACUCCGUCUCAAAAAACAAAAACAGAUUGACAACAAAGACAGCUUCAGAAAAUGACAGGACUGGGCAAAUUAACAAAUGUUUGUAAACACGAAUGUUUAGAACCUACUGAUGUACCUCAGUAAGAGUUUAUUAAUUGUAAUCAAUCCUCGCAGAACAGUAAAACUGAAGAUUUUUUCUGAAUGUUUUGGCUUACGAUUAUCUACACCCUGCCAAUAUAAUUUUGUAUGCAACAUUUGUAAUAAGUAGAUUCAAAUUGUGUUGGUAAUCA